CGCUUCGCUAUCGCACGGAAUCACGGAACAAAUCAAACAUGGCGAUUCAGUCGCUGUUUACGGUAAAUGCAUAUGGCUCUUAGUUCUUGUGUUCAAGUUUAAUUAAACAGUGUUAUUGAUAUUGUGACGGUGAUGAGUGCUCGUGCCAUCGCGAAUAGACGUAUUUUGCAUAAUAUUACGAAUAUGGAGGAGCAUGAGGAUGAAUUGAGUGGUGAAAAAAGUUCGGGCGGCGUUGAUGAGCUCGGUGACGAAAAAGGCGUACAGGCGGAUCCGACGCUCAGCGCGGCAUCGACAACCGUUUCCUCGACAUCGAAGACAGUGCCGCUCUCUGCCGGUGAAAACACCGUUUCCAGGUGUCAAAUUGACGACAGCUAUAGACACAAACCUUUUGUGAGAAGAUGCGGCAAAUUCGAGAGCGGAAGCGGGAGCGGAGAUCAGGACGGAAUGCACACCGAGGAUGGAGUUGAUAUUGCGGCAAAAAAGCGAAAAACACGUCGCGGUAAACCGAAACAUCGAAAAUUGAAGCCCUACUCAAAGCAACAACCCUCCUAUCAGCAGAGAAUUCGCAAUCGAAUUGGCAGGCCAACAAAAACUGGACGACAACCUCCAGCUCCCUACAAUACAAAUCAGUUUUUAAUCGAGGACCACAACGAUCUUCCCGAUCUGGAACAAAAAUUAGCCAGCGCCAGUGCCUCCGACAUACCGCGUUCAUUUCAAAAGCCCUCAGCGCCCCCACGUACACGCGAUUCAAGUUUCAGCAUUGAUUCAGAUGAGGAUUUCUUUUAUUCAUCGCCCGAAGACGAAGAGGAAUUUCUCACUAAAGAAUUUAAAACCGCCUACGAGGAUCUUCAUGCCGAGAGACUUGGAUCAAUGACCAAAGCACAACUUAUUCAAGAAUACAUUCAACUCGAGGCAAAAGUCGAUCUGCUAACGAAACGAUUGAGAGCGAAAAAUUUGCAUUCAAACGAUGAUAAUAAUAAGGAAGCAGAAUCGAAAAAUGGCACGAUACAAGAUUUAGAGGCGGCGAAAAAAUUGAAAAAUUUCCAACAACGAAUCGACGAUCUUAUCCAGCAGAAUGAACAGCUCAAGAGGGAGAAUGAAUCAUUGCGUGGGCAGAGGCACAAAAGUGUGAGCGUCGACAGCGAGAGUGAUAGCGACAGUAGUUCGAGUAAUGAUAAUCAGAGUAGGGGCAAUUGUUCUCAAAGGAGUCCCGAAUCUUCACCAGUUCCGGUUUCGUAUCAGGGACGACUUGACAAAAAUCACAGACAAAAUAGCUCUAUUUCGAGUGUCGAUAGCGAGAGUGAUAGCAGCAGUAGCAAUGAGAGUGGUCCAACAGACGCCAACGAAAGUCCCAAAUCUCCCGUAGAAAUUACCAACGGUCAUGCAACUGUUCAUGAGAUUGAAGGUCUUCCUUCUUAAAUCUCGUUUACUCCUUUUUUUUCUUCAUCUAUUUCUGUGCGCUUUUAAAAAACUGAACAAUUCUGCCAUGCAGAAGAAACGAACAACUGCUUGCAGAAGGAAAAAUUGGAAACAUGAAACUGGAAAAGAUUCUUUAUUUGAAUCUUGAAACAUUUAUUCUUAAUCAGUACUUCUUUACUUCUUUUUAGAAAAGAAACUAUUAAACGAGAAUUGGAAACAUCGCAGAAAAUUUCUAAAUUUUUGAUUAAGGCUCAAGUCCGUAACGUUUUUCAAAACAAAAGGAAUUCAAGGAUCUUUUUAUUUCAAUUGUAUUUUUACUCCAAAAAUGAUAAAUUUAACCUAAAAUAAUAAAUGAAUUCAAAUUCCAAACAAUUUCACUUUUAAAAACGUGCGGAACUGAGUCUUAUAAUUUUAAAGAGAAUCAUUCACUACAUUAGGUACAAAGUCGAGAAAUUAAAACCAAAAAAAAAAUUCUCAAGGUAUUUUUAUAUUUUUUAAGUGAAAUAAUUUAUUAAAAAAAAUUCUUCGACAAUGACUUUGUACGUAGAAUGAUUCCAUAACAAUUUGUAAUAAACAGAAACAUUCUGUUUUUAAUAUUUUUAUUCUCUCUUUUAAUUGUAUUUCAAAAAUGAAAUCAUUUCAGACAAGAUUUUUUUCUGUGAAGUCGCCAUGUAAUUUUAAAUUCGAGUGUCUCUUGCUGCUAAAGGUAUCGAACGGAGAAAAGCCAAAGUAAUGUCAUUAAAUGAAAUUGAAUUGACAAAAUGUGCAACUUCUUCAAAAAAAUACAAAAAAAAAGAAAUGUCCUUAAAAUUUUGAACGUUCAAAUGAUUCAAUAUAUUUUUAUUACUACUUUUAAUUUUUUUUUU